AUGGUGCUGACAUUGACGUAAAUUCGGUUCUGUAGAAUUUAGUGUAUUCUCGUCAAGCUGUUUGCAGUUGUGUUCAACUGUUUAAUAUUUUCUUGUUAACAAGCAUUAGCCAAUUAUCGUAAAUGGAAGAUCCCAGUACUCAGCAAGAAGAGAGUCAGUUCGUCGUUGACGAUGUCAGUGCUGCAAUCAAAGAAGCAAUAGAAUCUGUCAUAGGAGGGAAUACUUAUCUGCAUAACAAAGUCAACCAGUGGUCAUCAUCCAUAAUGGAUUGCUGCUUGCAAUCAUUAGUCAAACUACAGAAACCCUUCAAGUACAUUGUGACAUGCGUGGUCGUACAGAAGAACGGAGCUGGCGUUCACACGAGCAGCUCGUGUUUCUGGGAUAACUCAACUGAUGGAAGCUGCACUGUACGCUGGGAAAACAAAACCAUGUACUGCAUCGUAUCUGUCUUUGGUUUGGCCAUUUAGUGCGUAGGUUAAAAAAAUAAUAACAAUAUGCUUGGAGAAAAGAUCAUACACGUCCUAUAAUUUUUGCUUUCAUGAAUAUGAAGUUUGGAAAUUUAAAAAACAAAUAUUUAAAUUUAAACUUCCAACAACUUGCGGGAAUGUGUAGCUAAUACGACAUUGUCGAGUGCCGCCUUUGCGUCUUAAAAAAUAUAUAUACGAUGCGAUCAUCGUAAUGAAAAUUC